GGCCCCGGGCCCCUCCGCCGCCGCCGCCGCCACCGCCAUGGCCCGGCCGCUGGUGCCCAGCUCGCAGAAGGCGCUGCUGCUGGAGCUGAAGGGGCUGCAGGAGGAGCCAGUGGAGGGCUUCCGGGUAACGCUGGUGGACGAGGGCGACCUGUACAACUGGGAGGUGGCCAUCUUCGGGCCCCCCAAUACCUACUACGAGGGCGGCUACUUCAAGGCGCGCCUCAAGUUCCCCAUCGACUACCCGUAUUCCCCACCAGCCUUCCGGUUCCUCACUAAGAUGUGGCACCCAAACAUCUAUGAGACAGGGGACGUGUGCAUCUCCAUCCUCCAUCCCCCAGUUGAUGACCCACAGAGUGGGGAGCUGCCCUCAGAGCGAUGGAACCCCACACAGAAUGUCAGGACCAUCCUCCUGAGUGUGAUCUCCCUGUUGAAUGAGCCCAACACCUUCUCGCCUGCCAACGUGGACGCCUCAGUGAUGUACAGAAAGUGGAAGGAGAGCAAGGGGAAGGACCGCGAGUACACGGACAUCAUCCGGAAGCAGGUCCUGGGGACCAAGGUGGACGCAGAGCGCGACGGCGUGAAGGUGCCCACCACACUGGCCGAGUACUGCGUGAAGACCAAGGCGCCGGCGCCCGACGAGGGCUCAGACCUCUUCUACGAUGACUACUAUGAGGACGGCGAGGUGGAGGAGGCGGACAGCUGCUUUGGGGAUGACGAGGACGACUCCGGCACCGAGGAAUCCUGACCGAGUCCCCGAAAUAAACUUACAGAUUUUACCUCAGCAGGACCCGUGUGGGCCUCAGGCGACAGACUACCUCACCGAGGUUCCAUGUGGGCUCCUGUUCAUGACCCUUAGGUCCUCUCAGCCCUGUGUCCCCGUGGGUUUUCCUCGGCUUUAGAGAAGAGCCAGGCAGACACCCCACUCAGCUCACAGAUGGUGACAAGCCUGGGAGGCUGGGGGCCGCCCGAUGGGGAGCCAGAGACUCCAUCCCAGCCCAAGCAAGGCCAGCCCCACAGUCACCUCUCUGCUUUGGUGUGUGUGAAAUCCAAAUAAAAUGGCUUUCUGAGAA